GAACACAAUUCAAAGUGGGGUGUCGAGAAGAAAUUUUAUAUUUGUUUGCUGUAGGAGGAAAACUAACAAACGACGCGAGUGUAAAAUGCUAGGCAAAAGAUCAGAACGAGGGAACCAUGAUUACAACAACCUGUCUGUUAAGUUUUUCGCUCCCGCUUUUGUUUAUGACACUCUGGAUUUGCGGCGCACAAAUUUAAAUUGCUUGUUUUGGUUGUUCGUCGUUCGACAGUUUGUGGUGACUAGAGUUAUGGGUUCCGUACGGCUUAUAAAGAUUAUGGUAAACAUAUGCUGUUAAACAAACAACAGGGGAAUAACAAUGAACUCUUCAUCUUAUGGUAGAAGAUCCCUUUUUGCUUCUUCGACGGAUAGCAGUCUUCCUGUGAAUGAUGAUGCUGCUGAAAUCCGAGAACGCAAGAGACAAAGUGAACUACGCAGAAGGGAAUCUCUUAUUUUGUCACCAAACAGAAGAAACAGUACAAAGGACAUUUCUCUGUCUGUUCCUGAAAUAUUUGCACAUUACACAAACUGUUUGAAGUUGUCUGCAGAAAAUAAAAUAAACCAGAAGAAUGCAUUUCAUCUGCAGCUUAUUGACUUCAUGUCAUCUAUGCUCAAGAAGAAAGAUGCAAGGAUGGAAAACUUCCAGGUUGCCAGUUGUGCUCUAGAUGCAAGUACAAAGAUAUAUGCUGCUCGAGUUGAUCGUGUACAUUCAGAUGGAAUGAAAAUGGCAGGCAGUCUCUGUAUGCUUGGUAAAUGUAAGAAUAAUCGCAGGAAGGCCGAAAAUGAUAAGGAAUGCAUAGAAAAUGCAGUGGAAGGUACAAAAAAGGUUACAAAAAGACGAAAGGAAAGAAAGGUAAUCACAGAUAAUUCCCAGUCACUGGAUGCUCCGUUGGUUCAAAAUUAUCAGCUACAUCCAUCAUGUUUAUAUAUGAGAAAAAAGUUUGCUGAUUGUCGGCCAGGAAGUUCAAAUUUACUGACAAGGGUUGAGGUGUAUGAUGAUAGCUGCAAAUUAAAAUUUCUUCAUUCAGAAAAUUAUUUUCCCAAAGGAUGGAAGAACACAGACACCUACAAAGCAUUCCCAUCUAUACAAGGUCUUAAAGAAAUGCACAUCAGCUCCUACAGCUGUGAGCCAGCUGAUUUUUCAGAAGGACAUGAUAUUGGAGACAAAGGCAAAAUUAGCUACAUGGGACUGAUUCCAUGUUCUGCAGCUUCUCAGUUUAGUGAAGAGGUGCAGACUGAAAUAAUACAUCACAAAAUAAAUGGAGAAGCAGAAGCUGAGUGUGAUGGAUUCUGUUCUGAUGAUGAUGAUGCAGAGGAUGACUGCCAGUCAGCUGUUGGUGUAGCAGCUUGUAUAUCAGAGAGACCACGUGAUAGGAUUAUUGAUAUAACAAAGCAUUUGUCAGCAAAGCCUUUGGAAUAUUCUUAUUUUAAUAUGGAGCAGUUACAGCUGUGGGCUGGACCAUCACACUGGAAGCUGCCAAGGAAGCAAGGUGCUUUUGUUUCAAAGAUGAAAGGCAGAAAAGGGAAGAAGAAAGUAAUUUUGGAAAACAUUUUUGACAUGGUGCCAAACGAUAUCUAUAAAAUACUUGCAUUAGGUGGCACUAUAAUGCUAAAAAAGAAGACAGUUCGUGAUACAUGGGAGUCACGUAAAGUAACAAAGGAACUAGAUGUUCACUAUGACACUAAAAACUUUCAAACAUUGUACUUCAAGAAGAACACAAACAUUCUUAAAUUUGGACAAAGCAAUCAUGACAGGGAUGCAGAUGAUGAUUUUGAAGACAAUCUACGUGCGAGUGAAUACAUUAACUUAAAUGGAAAGGAGAAUAUGGAUCCUAAUGUGCACGUUGACAAUAAUGAGGAACCGCCAUGUACCUCAAAUGAAGACUAUGUUACCUGUUUACAAGAGGUAUACAAUGAUGAUAAUGAAGGCAAUGAUAAGUGGAACUUGCUGUCACCACCACCAAAGGUGGCCCGAAUAGAGAUUCCAUUUGCUAGAGCUGCAAAGAAAAUAGACAUUAAAAAACUCAAGAGAAUUAUAUGGGAAAUUCUUAGAAGAUCUCCAGUUAUUGGGGGAAAUGAUUCAUCGUCAAGUAGCAGCAUUUCUGGUACUGAAAGUUCGGGAAAUGAAGAUGAAAUGAAGUCACCAAUGUGGGCAAGUGAAAUGUAUGAGAAACUCAAGAGCAACGUGACAGGAGAUCUGGCAAAGGACUUGAACUUUCCAAUUGCUUUUAAUUGUUUACUCCAUUUAGCUAAUGAUAAGAAGUUACUUCUCACUGGGAAAGAUGAUUUGUCUGAUAUUUUUGUUACUCAAAUCAGAGAGAGUUCUUAAUUUACAGUGAAAAAGACUGGGAUGUUAUCAGAAGCAACAAAUGUGCUCCUAUGUGAAAUAUCUAUCUGAUGACUGUGGCUGUGAUUAACUAUCAUGAACUGUGUUUUACUUUGCAUCGCAGGCAUGUUGGUCAAUUCAGUAUCUGAGAAGAAAUAUGUAUUAUUUUUCAUGGAUAUUUCAUCAGGAGUUCUUUUUAUUACUGUGUUAAAACCUUUGUGACAAUAGUCACAAUUGAAACUAUUUAUAUUUCUGGUUAAGUAUGCCAGACUUUGAAGUAGUGUGAAGAAAAUAGACAACAGAAAGUGAAUGCUGUUAUAUAGAAACCUUAGGGUGAACAUUUAAUGAACGAUCAUUACUUUUUCAUAAGGAAGUCAUAUGUGGAAGCAUAAAAUAUGAAGAUAGACUUAAUAAUAUUUAUUGAACUCUUGUAAUUGUUAUUGUGUGGGAAGUAGAAGCAUUCCAAGUUAUUUGAAUAGAAAGUACCCUUUUUUUUCUCUCUUCCUCUGCCCCUCCCUCCCGUCUUUCCAGGAGCAGGAUAAUAAAAGUAAGAUAAGAAUGGGAUGCAUGCUGCUUCCAUAUCUAGGCUCAAGAGAAACAUCAUGUCUACUGUGCUGCAGUAGGAAGAUAAUAAUAUAUACAAUGAAGAAUUUAGACUUCAAUUAAAAUGAAAGUAUCAAGGAUUCUUGACAUUGCCAUUUUUUCUUUGCUAUAGUCAAAUAAACACACAAUUCUUAAACUUCAGGUUCUGUAAUUAAGGAUGUGUCAC